AUGAAGCAAAUAGAUGUAAUAGAAGACAGUUUGCUGUCACAACUUGCCAUGCCAUCUAAGUUUCAGGUAAGAGCAAUGAUGUAUGGUCGUAGAGUUUCAGUCAAUGUCUUUGGAAGUCAAGAGAACUCUCAAGCAUUCUAUAGGAGCAGAGGACCAUCGACUAUUACAAUUCCUUUUAGAAAGUGCAAAGGUUUGGUCCAGGUGUCACCUGCAGCUAACCAGAAGAUGAAUUAUUUAGUUGGGUCCCAAAAUAUUGUAGCACUCUCCAUCAUGGUAAAUGGUUGUACUGGCAAAAUGGGCAAGGCGGUACUUGAAGCAGCUGUCUCUGCAGGAAUUCAUAUUGUUCCAGUAUCAUUUGGUGGUCUAAAAAAUGCUGGAAAAACUGUGCAAGUGGGUGGAAAAGAUAUUCAAAUGUAUGGUCCCUAUGAAAGAGAACGCAUUCUAGCAUCUAUCUUAAAUGAUUAUCCAAAUUUGAUUGUGGUGGAUUACACAGUGCCUGCUGCAGUCAAUGGUAAACAUCUGUCAAACUUCUGGAGAAAAGGUUUUUGUUGCCAUACUAUAUACACAGAUAAUGUUGAAUUAUAUUGCAAAAUUGGCGUUCCUUUUGUAAUGGGAACUACUGGUGGAGAUAGAAAUCGGCUUUAUAAGACAGUGGAAAGCUCAAAGAUUUAUGCCGUGAUCUCUCCCCAAAUGGGAAAACAGCUAGUGGCAUUUCUUGCAACCAUGGAAAAUAUGACGGAACAGUUUCCGGGAGUUUUCUCUGGGUACACGCUACAGGUACUUCCGCUUUCUGCUUCCUCUUGA